UGAUAGUUUAUUGUGAAAUUAUUAAUAUGUAAACUUAUCUAUUUUUGGAUGACAAAAAUAUGUAUACUUUACAUUUCUAUACUUUCAGCUUUCAAUAUAUUCAACACAACACAGUCUGGAACAAAUAAACAGGGGACACAGUCUAGCAUAAAUAUGGAUAACCAGUCUAUGUCACUUCAUCAUCAACCACUGUAUGGUUUCCCACCAACACCUCCAGAUGACGAUGAUGACAUCAGUGUGGGUGGUGGUAGCCAUAGCAACAGGAACAGUCUGGAUUACAACCAGGAUAAAGUUUACAAGCCUACUGUGAAGUCUGAAUAUAUUCCUGGCCUGGCACAACGAAUGACUGAGUCUGUCUCACCUGACAUGCAGAAAUAUGCUAAACCUACAACCAUGGAUAGUUACAGCAUGAAUGAAACAACAGACACUUUUACUAUGAACAAUUUCACUCAUAAACCAGCAGGAAACACUGCAGACCAUUCCCCAGAAUCAAUUAAAUCUCCACAAGAACCCGAAUGCCAGUUCCAAACUUCACCAGAUUACAUACGUGCAAAAGAAGAUUUAAGAAUGCCAUCUGCUUUUGUACCAACACAUGCUUCAAUGGAUUCCAACGCUUCAUGCAUGCCGAAAUUUCCACCUCAGUUUGGAGAAGAAUUUCCAAACAUGACGGACAUUAUCGCCAAUAACGGCGUGAAGAAAGAAACAAAAGUGAAAACAUCUCCAAAAGAAGCAAACCCAAAGACAACAAAGGCAUCACAAGAAGGUCGUGAAUGUGUCAACUGUGCUGCCACUCAAACACCACUAUGGCGCCGAGACGGAAAUGGUCACUUCCUCUGCAACGCAUGCGGUCUGUACGCUAAAAUGAAUGGAACAAACAGACCACUGGUAAAACCAAAGAAACGUUUAUCAUCUGGCAAACAAAACGGAAUCUCCUGCACUAACUGCGGAACUACAAGUACCACACUGUGGCGCAGAAACGCCAGUGGAAGCCCAGUCUGUAACGCAUGUGGCCUCUACUACAAGCUACACAAGGCUGACAGACCACUCAAAAUGAAGAAGGAAGGAAUUCAAACCAGAAACCGAAAGAUGUCACUGAAAAGUAAGAAGAACAAGAAACUGAACCUCACUGUAUCUGAUGCUGAUAUUUUCAAAAGAAAUUUUGAAAAUGUUGCAAAUUUCAACCCGAAUUUCAACCAUUCAUUCCAUCAUCUUCCGAUGUACAUGAACCACAAGGAUCAAGGAUUUGCCACCAGCGCCUACAUUCCAAACGCUCAGAUGAACAUGCCAGUGACAAGCUCACCAUUAAACCACCCCUACCAAGGAUUGAAUAACUUCGCAUCUUCAUUCCAGUCUAGUUUUUCACCUGUGUCAAGUAUGAGUAAUUCAAUGUCUGGUUACUCCACAUCAGGACUUUUGUCGGGAAUGAAUUUUCCAACAUCAAAUAUGCUCAGUUCAGCAUUAGCUCUCGGAUAAGUAACACAAACUGUACAAUAGAUA